AUGGUUCUCGAAGCGGUGAUGAUUGUCGUCGACAACAGCGAGAGUAGUCGCAACGGAGACUACCAACCUACGAGAUUCGAGGCGCAGGCAGAUGCGGUGAACAUCAUCUUCCAGAGCAUUGUCCAGGGCAAUCCUGAGUCCUCUGUUGGACUGAUGAGCAUGGGUGGCAAGGGUGCCGAGGUCCUCGUCACUCUCACGACUGAUCCUGGCAAGAUCCUCGACGGCCUGCACCGAACGAAGAGGCAGAUCAAUGGAAAGUCCAAUCUCGCGACUGGAAUACAAAUAGCAGGUCUCGCCCUCAAGCACCAGGAGGAAGAGCAGAGGCUCGUAGCGCUGGCCAAGAAGAUGAAGAAGAGCAAUAUCACGAUUGACUUUGUGCUCUUUGGCGACCUUGACGACGAGGCCACGCAGAAGAAGCUCGAAGCCUUCAACAAAGCCGUCAAAGCCGGCGAAGCUUGCCCUCGCUAUUCGCAUGAGUUUGAGGAGGAGCGGGCUCGCCAGGAGAAGGCGGCCAAGGAGGAGGAAGAGAAGGCUAAGAAGGAAUCGCUGUCUGCGGUCCCCGAAGAGGGCGAGGCGUCUGGUUCCGGGGAUAAGGCGAGCGGCAAGAAGGAUGAUAAGAAGGAUGGCGGCGACGACAAGAUGGAUAUCUCGUGA